GUUCCUCCUUCUCUGGGCUCGACCUGUCAGGUCUGACGCGGUCACUGUGGGCGCUGCGUUGACAGUCAUGGAGGAGCGGUGCAGCGGGUCUGUUCAAAUCGUCGGAUAACGCCAGUUCGCUCUGCGGUUGUCUAAAAUGGGAUCUGUUCUGGAUGAUCCGUCUCUAGAGAGACACUUCAGGGGACAUAAAGAUGCUGUCACCUGUGCAGACUUCAGUCCAAACCAAAACCAGCUGGCUACAGGCUCAGUGGAUAGAACCCUGAUGAUCUGGAACCUGGCCCCGAAGGCGAGGGCCUUUCGUUUUGUCGGGCACCAGGACACCGUCACGGGGCUGCAGUUCUCCCCGUCCGGGCGUCUGCUGGCUUCUUCGUCCAAAGACAGAACGGUUCGAUUGUGGACACUUUCCUUAAAAGGAGAGUCUUCGGUGUUGAAAGGCCACACCGGCGCGGUGCGCAGUGUGUCUUUCUCCCAUGAUGGCUACAGCCUGGUCACUGCGUCUGAUGACAAGUCGGUUAUAGUGUGGAGCGUCCCACGGCGGUGUUACGUCUACUCCCUCAGCCAGCACACUAACUGGGUCCGCUGUGCCAGAUUUUCUCCAGACGGGAGGCUCAUAGUGUCCUGUGGGGACGACCGCUCCGUCCGUCUCUGGGACACGUCCACCAAAUGCUGCAUCAACACUUUCACCAACUGCGGAGGCUCGCUCACGUUUGUCGACUUCAACUCCAGCGGCACCUGCAUCGCCUCGUCAGGAGACGACAGGUGUCUUAAAAUCUGGGAUUUGCGAACCAAUAAGCUGAUUCAGCACUAUCAAGUCCACAGUGGAGGAAUCAAUAGUUUCUCCUUCCACCCGUCCAAUAACUACCUAAUCAGUGGCUCCAGUGACCGGACAGUGAAGAUCCUGGACCUGCUGGAGGGCCGGCUCAUCUAUACCCUGCAUGGACACAAGGGAGCCGUAAUCGCUGUGGCCUUUUCCAGGCUUGGAGAUCACUUUGCCUCAGGCGGAACUGAUUGCCAGGUUCUGCUGUGGAGGACGAACUUUGACCGUAAACGUUACCGGGACGUUCUGCUACAACACAGCCAGAGGUCCACCCCCGAUCCUCCGCCCCACCUGUCUGACAUCCACCCCAGGGCACCCCAUGCCCACCUCCACCGCUCACAGCCCACGGGCAUUCAGAUCAAUCCAGUCGUGACAAACAUGAUGUCCUCUGAUCCUCAGGUCGUAGAGGUCAGCCGAUAUCUCCAUGACAACAAGGCAGACUUCCUGGCACGUCGUGUCACCGGAUCGAGAGCGGAAGUGUGGACCCGAGGUGAAAGUGCCAGCAGGGCAGGGUCGACUUCUGGGAACCAGACCGGCUCAGAUGGCCCGAGAAGAGGAAAAGGAAAGGCGGAGGAAGAGGACACGGCGCAGACCCGCCCACUGGACGUUCUCCCCGGUCGUCCAUCAAGUCUGGACUUCACCCUGCAGCACAUUGUUCGACAGCUGGACGUUCUCACGCAGACCGUUUCCGUGUUGGAGGAGCGUCUCACCCUAACAGAGGACAAGAUGAAGGAGUGUCUCCGGCAUCAGUCUCAGAUCCUGAAGGACUUGAAGACAUCGGGACAGAGAUCUAGGACGGCGAGCGAAGAGAUGGAUGAGUCCAUUUUUCAUUUCACUUAAGGAUCGUCUUCUGCCCCCUCAUCUCUCAGGCAUAAACACCCAGAGUGGCUCUCUGGCUUCUCUCGUAACUGUUAAGAAUGUAUGGGUACGGGUAUAUGUGUGAGUGAUUUAUUUAUUUUUGUCUUUUUUUUUUUUUUUGUUAAACAAACACCAUGGUGGUCCUUACCUGGGGUCAGAGGGUUAAUCAGGAUUCUGACGGCAGUCAGUGAUUUAUGGUGCAUCUCCUUGUGCGAACGAGCGACCGACAUGUUUCCCCGUGUUUCUGUCAUCACGUCUGACUGACAUCCAGCUGUACGGCCCAGCAUCCAUCUGUGUCUGAGCCGACAUGCUGAGGUGUAACCUGCUGUGACAACAGGCCAUCUGCCUCAGCGCCUCCCAGCAUUUGCAUCUGGUUACUUGUAAAUAAGCCGGUGCUUUUAGCAGUUUGCUGCUGCAAAAAUUUGUAUUAUUAUUUUUUAUAUAUCAAUUUGUUUUGCAUCUGUUGUUGUAAAAUUCUGAUAUAUAGAAGCAUCAAACUGGGCACAUUUAGCCUCAAAUUAACCUUUGAUGAUUAUUUAUAUGUUGAUAGAUAAAAUAUGAUAUUGCACUUCUUUAAGGCUAUCAAGACCAAAAUAGACUUUGGUUUUGCAUAAUAUUUUUAUUUUGCAAACAGGUUUCCUCUGACUGGUCGUAAUAUUAUUAUGUUUCAUGAAGUUGUGACUCGAUUCUCAUGUAGAGUCUUUUUUAGAAAACUAAAGAUUAGGGUGAUUGCAUACCAGAGGUGUUGAGAAAGCUCAGGUUGCUUUCAUAUCGGCCCUCAGUUUAUCUGUAUUAUUGGGUGUGGUGUUUCUCCUCUUCUCAUUGACAGUACUAGUCUAUAGUGUCUCAGUGGGAUUCAGGUCAGACUAGUUUGCUGGCCAAUCAAGCGCAGGAACACCACGGUCAUUGAACCAGCCAUUUUGGUGCCUUUGGCUACGUGGGAAAUACCAAGUCCUGCUGAAAUAUGAAAUCAUGAUCUCCACGAAGCAGGAAGCAUGAAGUGCUCUAAGAUUUCCUGCUAGACGGCUGAAAACCCAGUGAAGCAAUAACGGCAGAUGAAAUGGAACAUGUGUUUUUAUCAUCUGUAAGGCAUAGUCACCAAAAUAUCAUGAAAUAAAGGCUUGGAAUAUUUAA